ACAAACCAAGGUUGUGGUUCGGGUCCUGUUCCAAGAUCCGAAAAUGGGAAGCGCUCCGCUUUCCUUUCGAACCUCGGUCUCUUUUUAAACGGCCACCUUUAUUUUCCCUCUCUGCGCUCUCUCUCUAUCAAAGCAAUGGCGUUCAGACUUGAGGUCCCGCGUCCAGGCAUUCAAACGGAAGAUCUAUUCGCCAUUGAAUUCAACCACAGAACCUCCAUCUCGUUCCCCAUCGAUUUGAACCAACGCCAAUGGGUCGUCUUUUACAUCCGCAUGGCGGAGCGAUCCUGCAAUCUCCAUCCAAGAGUGGUCUAUCUCGCCAUCAACUACGGCGACCGCUUGAUCCACAACAACCAAGUACAGGAACCUCAUUACACCUCGGUCAUCGCGGCCGUUUGCCUCUUCCUCGCUUCUCGGCACUCAGAUUCAGGACGUCCCUUGAGCAUCUUCGACCUCAGGGAGGACGACGGGUUCGAGUACUUCUCUUACGACGAAGGUCACAGAGCUGAGGUGCAGGUGAUGAACUCCUUGAAUGGGGACCUGAAUUCGGUAACUCCGUUCGCUUUCCUCCAUUUCUAUCUCUCCAGAUUCUACCCUAAACCCAUCUCUCAACACUGGAACGUUCUCACGGAUCGCGCUUCUGAGAUGCUCUUCGAUAUCCAGACAGCGAGCGAGGGGAUUCUGAAGUACAGGCCGUCGGUGAUAGCCGCAGCUGUGCUUUUGUGCUCCGUCAAGGAACAGUUCCCGCGACAAUUUGCUGAGUUCUUACGCAACGUUAGCACCUUUGAACUUAUCGAGGAGGGUGACUUGGAGUCCUGUUAUCAUGAAGUGUGGCAAGUGCUACAUCCGCAAUAACGAGUGCGGGAUAAAUUCGAAGUGAGAAGAACUUUGAUGGCGUGGCAGAAUUUUGAAAGAAAUUUACAGUGUUGUUCAUAUGUACAGCUACUUGCAUUUGACUCCUCAGUGAACUGUAUAAAAACAGAGAAAGAAAAUAUUUGAAAGUA